AGUCAUGAGGUCUCGUUGUUGGGUCUUCUUCUUCUUCUUCUGGUGCGCCAUGCUGCUGUUGCUUCAAGCCCCACCAUGCAACUGCGCGAAGCAUUCUGACCCUCCCGGUUUGUUCCUGCAUUCAUCCAAAGAGGGUCUCAACCAGUCCAGAGCAGAGGCCAGGGCUUCAAAAAUGGCAGUUUUCAGCCACAGAAGGCUUGUACUGCACGGAUCAUCAUCUGAGUGUACAAACAGAGACAUAAGCAUCUCGCAGAGCAGAGACUCGUCGUCCUCGGGGAUACCCCAGUUCAUAGUCCAAAUCGUGAACACGUGCGCCGCGCCUCGCUGCUCGCCUUCGGGCAUUCACCUCCACUGCGGCUGGUUCGCCUCGGCCAGGGUGGUGAACCCGAGGAGAUUCAAGAGGCUCUCCUACGACGACUGCCUCGUGAACGGUGGCGAGGCCCUGAACCCCAGCCAGAUCGUCCGCUUCACUUACUCCAACUCCUUCAUGUACCCUCUCGUUUUCAAGUACGCCAAGUUUUGCUGAGCAGAGACCAGAGAGAGAUUC